AUCACUACCCCCUUAUCUACUUCUCCACCUGGUCGUAUUUCGUUACUACCACCAAUGGCAACGUUAGAAUCAACCUUAACUGUAUUCACACAUCAACGUUUCUCAAAUAACAACAACUAUCGUUUCUUAUCAAAAUCACCAGAUUCCAUAAAACUCCAUGCUUCAACUUCAAUCCCUUCUUCUUCUUCUUUUUCCCUUUUCUCUCACAAUAACCACAAACUUCACUUUUCUUCUUCUUCCAAAUCCAAAACACUCUGUUACGCUUUACAAGAGGUAACAGAAGCUUCAGCAACAACUGAAGAAGAGGAAGCAAAAACAGAAACAUUGAACAACGUUAAGAAGAACCUCAUUGUCUUUAACUUACCUUGGUCUCUUUCUAAGCCGGAUAUCAAGGAUCUCUUCGGUCAAUGUGGAACUGUAAUUGACGUUGAGAUUAUAAAGAGCAAAGAUGGGAAGGGAAAAGGUUAUACAUUUGUUACUAUGGAUUCAGGAGAGGGGGCUCAGGCUGCUGUCGAUAAAUUUAAUGCUACUGAAAUAUCAGGCCGGAUAUUAAGGGUAGAGUUUGCAAAGGGAUUUAAGAAACCUCGUCCACCUCCUCCAGCUCCCACUCCUAAGGAAGCACGUUAUGUAAUCUAUGCAUCCAACCUUGCGUGGAAAGCAAGAUCUACACAUCUCAGAGACAUCUUCACUGAGAAUUUCAAAACACCAGUUUCAGCCAGGGUUGUCUUUCAAGUCCCUGGUGGGAAAUCUGCUGGGUAUGGAUUUGUUUCUUAUCAUACGGAGGAGGAAGCAGAAGCUGCCAUUUCUGCUUUGCAAGGGAAGGAGUUACUUGGACGACCACUUCUCGUAAAAAUAAGUGAAAGAAAAGUUAAAGAAGCUGGAAGUGAAGAAGUUGAAGAGAAAGUUGACGACGUGCAACCAGAAGCUGGAAGUGAAGAAGUUGAAGAGAAAGUUGACGACGUGCAACCAGAAGCUGGAAGUGAAGAAGUUGAAGAGAAAGUUGACGACGCUCAACCAGAAGAGUCAUAAAUCCUAAUUUUUCAUUUACUGAUCUUUGGACAUGGUAUGUGGAUUGAGAAGAAACCUCUACAAGCUGGAGUUUUACCUGAUUACCUCAUGUAUACAGAGAUAUGAAGAAUGACUUCUUGUAUUCACAAUAUUUUUCAAUUAGGUUGAGUUUGACAUACCUUAAAAUGUGGGUAAAGUUUAAGAAGCUUUUACAUAUAUUUUUCCCUAUAAAUCUCAAUUCGGAUUUUUUUUUUCCA